AUGAAUACCACAGCUGGGUCAUUCGUACUGCUCAAGGAUGGAGGCGAAGUUGUAGGAGACUCAUUCGUCAUCAAGCAGCUUCGCAAUGCUGGGGCCAUCAUUUUGGCCAAGGCUAACCUUAUGGAGUGGUCUGGAAGUGCCGGUGUAAAUGCAUCCGCAUGGAGCCCCCGAGGAGGCCAAGUGUCGUCGCCCUUCGUGGUUGGGGGCUUCGCGGCGGGCGGUGACCCCGGGGGCAGCUCGUCUGGCCCCGGGGCUGGUGUGGCGGCAGGGUUUGCGCCCCUGGCAUUUGGGUCAGACACCGAAGCCAGUAUUGUCUUACCAUCCAGUCGCGGCGCAUUGUAUGGCCUUCGGCCAUCGACGGGAAUGACGAGCAGAACAGGAGUCGUGCCCAUCUCAUCUUCUCAAGAUACCACAGGCCCUCUUGGCAAAAGCACUUGGGAUGUUGCUGUAUCACUGGGCAUCAUGGCGGGCCUGGACCCCGACGAUUCUUAUACCAUUCCAGCAGAACCUUUUCGACACGACGAUUAUACCAAGUUUAUUGAUGCGAAUGGUUUCAAAGGUCUCCGUAUCGGCGUUCUCCGGGACCCCUUCUUCGAGAGUGAGACUGCCCGGCAGCAGCUGAUGAUCUCGUCGUUCAACGAAUCACUCGCCAAGAUGGAGUUCUUGGGUGCAACUGUCUUGAAGACUUCGCUGCCAAACAAGGAAAAGUGGAACUAUACUUUCGUUGGCGGCCCCGAGCGGUCGAGCAAUGGAACCAUUCGGAUCCGUGAGUGCAGUCGACAUGUCAGGCGCAGUCUCGGGAAUUGUACUUUGCUGACCUGUCAUCCCCCAGAAUAUGACCUCAAGUACGACAUGGCGCAGUAUCUGACGACUCGACGCCUCAACUCAUCCCUAAGCUCUCUCGAGGACGUGAUCAACUCGAUGGUUGAAUGGUGGAGCCUCGAGUCACCAAAAGGACAGUGCUGCUUCCCUACGUUCAUCGCCUCUGACCAGGUCACGGAUCGCGAUACUUCAGUGGAAUACUGGCUUGCUAAGUAUACUCAAGAGCGUCUCUAUGAGGAUGGACCGGCCGCUAUCUUCCGUGACUACAACCUCGAUGUGAUUGUCCUCCCGACUGAGUUCAACUCUGCCCGACUCGGUGCCGUUGGUCGUCUUCCUGUCGGUACUGUACCCCUAGGAUAUGAUGAUAUCGAAUUACCUUUUGGACUUGCAUUUGUGGAACAGCGCCAUGACGAGGGCACUGUUAUCCGUGCUAUGUCUGCCUACGAGGCUAACUUCCCGCCACGAAGGGUGCCCACUACCCUGAAAUGA